AUGGGUGGGGUGUGGGUGAGUAGAUCUCACUGCUACUGCACUGAGUCAGCAGCGCCAGGGGCCACAGUCUACACAAGAGCUGGUGCUGGCGAGACAGGUGCAGAUGGUGGUGCUGCUGCUGCUGCCACUGCUGCUGCUGCUGGGGUUGGUGGCAGCACAGGGCGAGGAGCAAGGGCUGGGGCGAUUCAGCAGCGACCGGCACCGCAGUCAACACAGGAGCUGGUGCUGGCGAGACAGGUAAGAGAGGCAGGUGCAGAUGGUGGUGGUGCUGCUGCUGCCACUGCUGCUGCUGCUGGGGUUGGUGGCAGCACAGGGCGAGGAGCAAGGGCUGGGGCGAGUCAGCAGCGACCGGCACCGCAGUCAACACAGGAGCUGGUGCUGGCGAGGCAGGUGAGAAGGGCAAGUGUGUUGGUCGAUGGGUGGGUGUGGGUGAGUAGAUCUCACUGCUACUGCACUGAGUCAGCAGCACCAGGCGCUGCAGUCAACACAGGAGCUGGUGCUGGCGAGGCAAGUGAGAAGGGCAAGUGUAAGGAGUAUCGCGACCUGCGCCUGCAGACUCAAGUGCUCCAAAAGAAGGCAGUGAGGCAAAGGAGUACGGUGACCUGCCUGCAGACGCAGAAGGAGUACCGCGGCCUGUGCCUGCAGACGCAAGUGCUGAGUAAGAGACGUUUCUUCCCCCUUCCCUCCGUUUCUCCCUCUCUUUGGCCCCUCUGCCAGAAGGAGUAUCGCGACCUGUGCCUGCAGACGCAAGUGCUCCGAAAGAGAGCUGACGCAGUGAGGCUGGAGGUGGAAAGGAGGACCGCUGCUGAAGCAAACACGCUCACUCCCUCCUUUCUCUCUCACUCCCUCUACGUCCCCUCUGGCAGAAGGAGUGGGCGGGAGUGCGGAGGUGAGAGGCUGGAGGAUGUGGAGUUGGGGAUAGCUGUGGCAGAGGCAGAGUUGCAAGUGCUUCAGGCAACGGAAGAAACGGGUUGUCAAGCAGUCCCAGCCUCUGCUCCAUCCCGGCUGCUGCAGCAGAGUCUAUCGGCGGAUGAUGCAAUCACCUCUUUCCAUCUUGCCCCAUUGUACUUCUUUUGUCGUAAUUAUCCCCCAUUGCACCGCCCUUUCCGUUCAGGCCUAUGCCCACAAGUGGUGGAGCCUCACCAACAGGGCGACUUGAAGGCAGCAGAAGAGCUGGGGCUUAUGUGGCCCCCCUGGUGCCCACUUUGUAAUUCUCAUCUCCGCGCCCUCUUCCCCUUCCCAUCAGGCAUAUGCCCACAUGUGGCCUAUGCACACAUGUGGUGGAACCUCACAAAUGGGCAGACUCAAAAGGCCCUGGCAGGACACGUGGCAAAGGCUGGAAGCGCUCUCAUUGGCUCGGUUCGAGCGGCAUGGGAUCUGGCCACUCACGAGGUGACAGCUGGCGUGGCGCUGCCGCCCUCCUGGCUGUGCCGCCCGGUUCUUCGGGCAGCUUGGGAAGCCAAUGAUGCGGCGACAGGUGGCAGGAUAGACGGUGGGACAGGGACAGCUGCUGACGUGGCAGCUGGCAGCGCUGCAGAGCUGGAGCCAGCUGUCGCCAGCAUGGCACGGCAACUCGCUGGGCUGCAGCAGCAGGCGGAGCAGCAGCAUAUGGAGGUGUUAUCGGAGUGGCUUCCGCAGCUGGCACAGCUGCAGGGGCAGGCAAGGCAGCUCGUCUCGCGCACUCAGAGCGCCUCUGAACUGGUCUCCCAUUGGUGGAAGCAGCCGGCCCUUGGGAUCAUCCCAUGGGUGACAGUGGAGGGGAGGAGCAUGGAGGAGUGGGCAGUGGCACUAGAGGCUGCACAGAUGGAGAGGGAAAGGUAG